AUGAGCACGCUAAAACGCGAUACGCGAUCACAGGACAUUUCCGGCACUUCAACGGGUGUCUUUGCUCCCCAGAAACCAAGUGGUUACCCUAGAAGAGCACCGAUUCGAAUCGAACCAUUAGGAAAUGUUGAAAACGAUGAGUACCAUCAACAGAUGGUCAAUUCUCCAGCCUCUUCGGAAUGCAAGUUUUCAACUACAGAGAAAUACCAAAAGAUGAAAAACUACUUUCGACAGCAAGUAGAAAUGUUGAGCAGCUGCGGAUUUUCCGGUCAUGAGGCAGUUAACAUAUUGGACGGCUACCUUCAAGCAAAUCGCGAACAGUUUUCUGGUCAUGUUGUGAAGCGAGAGAAUGCUAUUAGGGUUUUAGAAAUGUGGUUACGUGAAAACGUUAUCAGCCCUGCCCAGUCUACCUGCAAAAGUUCUUCGCCCAAUUUUCAGGACAGCAAGAAAGUUAUAUACAUUAUGAAUCGAGACGAAGACCACAAAUUGUACAUUUGUUCUUCUCCUGCGAAUGCUAACAGCAGUAGUGAUAGACGUCCAUCAAGAAGUAGCUCAUUCAAACGAUUUUUUACCCCAAGCCGAUUGUUAGGAUGGAACCUUAAACAGCUGCAAUGGUGUUACCUGGUCGCCAUCUUCGAGGAAGCUCACCUGCAUGACGCGGCUCUAUUUCAAACGAAGAGUAUAUCGAUCUUAUCUUCGAUUCUCUCAAAAAUGGAUCUUAAAAAUGUUUCAACGGGUGCACUGCUGUUUAAGGAUGAGGAAGAAAUGGAUGAUCUUUCCCAGAACACACAAGCUAUUCGUCCCGUUUUGCUACGGUCUCAACUAGCGCGUAUCUGCGCACCGACUCUUCAUACAAAUGCCAAGCAGUCUCCACAAGCUGUAUCCGACCGCUACUCUUCGAUCACUCGCCGCGGCUCAUCUCCUCUUAUGCCAACGGAAUUCGCUACCGUGUUAGAUGCUAUUGUCCAUCACUUGCUUGGUAGGAAGCGGAAGAAAACAAAAAUAGCUUUGCAGUAUCUUUGCUCGAUGAUUCCACAGCAGCUUCGUUCGCACCUUAUUAACGUGGAACAUUUCUUUGGAAGGAGAAUUGGAACAGAUAACUGGAUGUCACUCAGGAGUACUUUUUAUUUGGUAGAAAAGUUCUUGAAACACAUGCUGGGGGAGUGUUCACUUUUCUUCUUUUUCAAAUGCGUCGCCUUCGUCAGGGUGAAAACGAGAAUUUCGAAAUCGUAG